AUGGGCCCCUCCCUCCUCUCCAAGUCCCUCCAAGCGGCCGGCAUCAGCACCUUCGCCGGCGUGUGCGCCUUCGCCGUGUGGACCAAGCACUGCCGCUUCACGCCGCCGACGCAGUUCAACCCGGCGACGGAGCCGCUGUUCCAGAGCGCCUGGUUCCGCAAGUUCAACCCGCAGAACCACGAGGCCACGUACGACGAGUGUGUGCGGCGCAUCGGGCUGCAGAAGAUUAAGCCCGAGUUGGUCGAGGACGCGCGCAGGGGCGGGACGAAGCUCGUCGAGGAGUUUUGUCGGGGCGUUUGGGGCGGGCCGGGCUACACGAUCCAACGCCUGUACUUACAGCGCAAAUACCGCAACGCCACGACGACGGCGCACCAGCUGUGGACGCCCGCGCAGCUCCUCACCUCGACCUACGACCCGGGCACCGAAAUCACCGACCACUUCGUCGUGCUGGACAAGACGCCCACGCGCAUCCUCAUCCGGUGCGGCGACUCGCCGCUGCACAACCCGGACGGGCCGCGGCCCUCGGAUGGCCUGUUUGAGAUGUGCGCCACCGUCGACGUCGACCAGGGCAUCGCCGAGUUUCGCCUCAAGAGCAUCUUCUACGUCGGGGAGGGGAGUUGGGCGUCCGCGUCGGAGACCAAGGCCGAAACGAAAGACGGCCAAGGAACCCCGGAUAAGUGGGAGAAUCGGGGCCCCAUGCAGGGUUACAUGCUCUACGCGCACAAGUUGUACACCAAGCUAUGGAUGGAGAGUGCCCUGAGAAGAGUCAAGCAGUGA